AUGGAACAGUCUGCUAUAUUUUCAAAUCAUAAUCAUUUCACUCUAAAACUGUUGGGAAGUAAUAAUAACGAGAUUACUUUUAAGAAAGUAUGCAGAGAUAUCAUUAACCAUUUAGUGAAAAUGUAUCGGGAAUCUCAGUUGGACAACCACAAACCUGCUUAUGAUGGAAGGAAGAGCUUAUUUACUGCUGGGGCAAUACCUUUUAACUCCAAGGUUUGUGUGGUUAACUUGACUGAUGAAAAUAGAGGAUCCUCUUCUGAUUCUUUUGAUUGGAAAAAGCGUGAACGAGAGUUUAAGGUUACUAUAAAGUUUGCUUCCAAGACAGAUCUCUACCACCUUACUCGGUUUCUCCGUCGUACGCAACCAGAUUGUCCUUAUGAAACCAUUCAAGCUCUUGACAUUACUUUAAGGGCAACUUCAUCUGAGAAGUAG